CCCAUCCCGACCCUGUUCCCCCCUCGCCGCCACAGCCCACCGCCCGGAGACCCCGAACGCCCGGGUCUCCCGCCGCUGUCCCGAGGCCGGAAGCGGAAGUGCGGCCGGGGAGCAGCCGCGGGUCUGGCACCAGGGCUGCGAGUUCGGUCUUCCCGGCCGGUGCGCGCCGGAACCCGCUUGAGGAGCGGGACUCGAUGCGCCGCGGAGAUCUUGGGUCCGAUCCAGGAGGGAGGGGCUGGGCCUUGGGCAGCCCUGGGUCACGCCGACAUCCCCCUGUCCCUCACGCGAGCCCCAGCCCUUCCCUGGGGCCUCAGGCUGUUCCUCAGGUCAGCCUCUAGCUCCGGACACCGCCGUCCCCUACUCCGAAAGCACGGUCCUGUCACCUCCCCUGCGGGCCACUCUACCACUCUACCCCCGGACUUCCGGCCAUGUCUGGGGACUGUGUGAUUGUCACGUCGGGCAUCUAGAGGGUACGGGCCAGGGAUGCUGCUCACCGCCCUCCAAUGCACCGGACCGCCCCCCACUACGGAAACUUAACCGGCCCCAGCCCUGCUCCAUCUAGGACCUUAAAAUCCCUGAAGUCCAGAAUCCACUGUGGAAAUUGUUUCAGAGCCAGCUGAGUCACUCAUCCGAGGGAUCCCUAAGUGACGAGCCCCAGAAGCUUAAUCCUGCGGAAUGAUCAAGAAAACAUCUCUCCAUUUCAAGUUUGUAUUGAAACCAGCCUCAAGGUUCACCUGCCCUCAGGGAUCCGUGGAUUUCUGUGUGAUCAGUAUGUAAAAACUGACACUCGGAAGCAUUGCUGUCCAUGUCUCUGGAAAUACACUCUGAAUGUAAACCUCCCAACAUGCAAAACAAUGUGUACACGUGCGGUUACUCAUGGGAGCAUUAUUUCCAACAGCAAAAGAUGCGAAGCAACUCAAAUGUCCAUCAGUAGUAGGAAACGGGCAGAAUUGACGAUAUACUUCGUUUUAAAGUCAUGUGAAGGCUUGACUCAUGGUUUUCCAGACUCUGUAUGGUCGUGCUUCCAACUUGAUAUGCAGGCCCGGCCUGAGCGCGCUGUGCCGACCAGAGGAGGAGCGUCCGGGUUCUUCCGCUGCCUGUUGUCCGCGGAAAUUCCUGUCUGAGUCACAGGAUGGCGGCCGUGGUUCUGCCCCCCACGUGUGCUCAGCCGUCCCUGUACUCAGCCUCUCCUCAGAACGGACGCACGGAGGAGGAAGGGUUGGCUAAGGGCUUCCUGACCGGCUGGUUACCGCACUCGGUGACCUUCGAGGAUGUGGCCGUGGAGUUCACCCAGGAGGAGUGGGCCCUGCUGGACCCUUCUCAGAGAACACUGUACAGAGACGUGAUGCAGGAGAACUGCAGGAACCUGGCCUCGCUCGGAAAUCAAGUUGGUAAGCCUGGUGUGGUCUCCAAAUUGGAGCAAAAAGAUAAAGUGGUGACAAAGGAGACUGGAGUUCUCCCAGGCAGCUUUCCAGAUUUGGAGACUCUACUUAGAGCCAAAGGGUUAACUUCUAAGCAGCAUGUUUUCAGACAAGAGCAACACAAAGGUGUAAAAAUGGAAAGAAAUCAUCUCGGAGUGAAAGUCAAUGAAUGUAAUCAAUGCUUUAAAGUCUUCAGCACAAAAUCUAACCUCACUCAGCACAAGAGAAUUCAUACUGGAGAAAAACCCUAUGACUGUAAUCAGUGUGGCAAGUCCUUCAGCAGUAGAUCCUACCUGACCAUUCACAAGAGGAUACACAAUGGGGAGAAGCCCUAUGAAUGCACGGACUGUGGCAAAGCCUUCAAUGAUCCCUCAUCCCUUAGGCUGCACGUGAGAAUUCACACUGGAGAAAAACCCUACGAAUGUAAUCAGUGUUUCCAUGUCUUCCGCACUAGGUGUAUCCUCAAAAGGCACAAGGGAGUUCACACUGGGGAGAAUCAUUAUGAAUGUAAGCAGUGUAGGAAGGCCUUCAGCACGAGGUCCUCCCUUACUGUGCAUCACAGAAUUCAUACGGGGGAGAAACCCUAUGAAUGCCAUGACUGUGGGAAAGCCUUUAGGAAGAGCUCACAUCUGACACAGCAUGUGAGAACUCAUACUGGAGAAAAACCCUAUGAGUGUGAUCAGUGUGGAAAAUCCUUCAGCAGUAGCUUUUCUCUUACUGUGCACAAGAGAAUACAUAAUGGAGAGAAACCUUAUGAAUGUAGUGACUGUGGGAAAGCAUUUAACAAUCUCUCGUCUGUUAAGAAACAUGUGAGAACUCACACUGGAGAGAAACCCUACAAAUGUAGUCAUUGCGGAAAAUCUUUCACCACUAACUCUUACCUUUCUGUGCACAAGAGAAUUCAUAAUAGGUAGAUAGGAAUGCAGUGACUAUGGGAAAGAAUCCAUUGAUUUCUCAACCUCAGACAUCUUGGCAAUUCAUACUGGAUGCAGAAAUUAUCUUUGCAUAACAAAUUAACCCCAAAAUGUAGUCCUUUAAAGCAACAAACCUUUAUUAUCUCACAAUUUAUGUAGGUCAGGAGUUCAGAAAUGGAUUAGCUACGUAAUUCUAAUUCUAGCUCCCUCAUGAGGUUGCCAUCAAUAUGUCAACUAGAACUACCAUCAUCUGAAGUCUUUAGGAAUGAAGGAUCCACUCUGAAGGUUGAUUAUUCACAUGCCUGACAAACUAGUGCCAGUUGUUGGCAUGGGACCUGCAGUCCCUCGCCAUGUAGGCCUCUCCACAGUGAUGAGUGUCUUUACAAUAUGGCAGCAGGUUCUCUCCAAAUAAAGUGAUCCAAAAGAGCCAAUGCAGAAGCCAUA